GAGGGACCGGCGGACCCCGGGCAGGCGCGCGGCGUCUGGGGUAGCCCUCGGCGUCCCUCGGCCCCUAGGAACGGCGCGCUCGCUGCGCUGCCGGCCACUACCUGCGCCCGAGGCCGGAGGCCGACGCGGUGUGAACAUCACAAAUGUUGUCAAAUGACGGAAGAUCCAGGAAUCGGGACAGGCACUACGAUGAGGUCCCAAGGGACUCAGACUAUCAAGAUGGCACCAUAAGAACCUUCCAGACUCUUCACGACAGUGAGCUGGCUGUGAGCGCUGAUCCGUUGCCACCACCCCCUCUCCCAUUACAGCCACCAUUCGGCCCAGAAUUCUACUCAGGUGACACAGAGGAACCGGCCGUAGCACCAGAUCUCAAGCCUGUAAGGCGCUUUGUCCCUGAGUCCUGGAAGAACUUCUUCAGAGGGAAGAAAAAAGACCCAGAGUGGGAUAAGCGGGUGUCAGACAUCAGAUACAUCUCCGAUGGAGUGGAGUGUUCACCUCCAGCCUCUCCUGCAAGACCAAACCACUGUUCACCCCCCAACUCCUGCGAAGAUCCUCAGGGCGGGUCAGAAGGCAGCUUUCGUUCCCGGAAAGAGGCCGAGGCAAUGUUUCCCCACGAUCCCUACGGAUCCCUAAGCCGACGCACACACACAGCCCGAACCUACAGCGAGAAGGUGGAGGAGUAUCACCUGAGGUAUUCCUACAUGAAGUCCUGGGCAGGCCUGCUGCGGAUUCUGGGCGUGGUGGAGCUGCUUCUGGGGGCCGGUGUCUUCGCUUGUGUCACGGCGUACAUUCACAAGGACAGCGAGUGGUAUAACCUGUUCGGAUAUUCACAGCCCUAUGGCAUGGGAGGCGUUGGUGGCCUGGGCAGCAUGUAUGGGGGCUAUUACUAUAGUGGCCCCAAAACCGCUUUUGUGCUUGUGGUUGCUGGAUUGGCUUGGGUCACCACCAUCAUUAUUCUGGUGCUUGGCAUGUCCAUGUAUUAUCGGACCAUUCUUUUGGACUCAAAUUGGUGGCCCCUAACUGAAUUUGGAAUUAACAUCUCCUUGUUUAUCUUGUACAUGGCCGCAGCCAUAGUCUAUGUGAAUGAUACCAACCGAGGUGGACUCUGCUACUAUCCAUUAUUUAACACGCCAGUGAAUGCAGCGUUGUGCCGGGUGGAAGGAGGACAGAUAGCAGCAAUGAUCUUCCUCUUUGUCACCAUGAUUGUUUAUCUCAUUGGAGCUUUGGUUUGCCUAAAGUUAUGGAGGCACGAGGCGGCUAGAAGACGUAGGGAAUUCAUGGAGCAACAGGAGAUAAAUGAGCAGUCAUUGCCAUCGAAAAGGAAAAUGUGUGACAUGGCCACCGGUUGUGACAGACAGAGAGACCAAGAAGUUAAUUUUAAAGAACUGAGAGCAACAAAAAUGAAACCUGAGCUACUGAGCGGACAUAUCCCUGCUGGCCACAUCCCGAAACCAAUCGUGAUGCCAGACUAUGUGGCGAAAUACCCUAUGAUUCAGACGGAUGAUGAACGAGAACGCUAUAAAGCUGUGUUCCAGGACCAGUUUUCAGAGUACAAAGAGCUCUCUGCAGAAGUUCAAGCCGUCUUGAAGAAGUUUGAUGAGCUGGAUGCAGUGAUGAGCAGAUUGCCGCAUCGUUCAGAAAACCAGCAGUAUAUUAUUUUUAGGAACAUGAGAGAAUUUCAAGAGUCCAUGAAGAGUUUAAGAAAAAAAGGAAUGAUCCUACAUUUCUGGAAAAAAAAGAACGCUGUGAUUAUCUGAAGAAUAAACUUUCUCACAUAAAGCAAAGGAUUCAAGAAUAUGAUAAAGUAAUGAAUUGGGAUGUACAGGGUUAUUCUUAAAACUUAUUUGAAACCACUUUUUUAUAUCAAGCUUCAUAUUUAUUUACUGUCUUUUUUUAUGCUCGUCUCUGUGAUAGAGAAGCAAAUGCCUCCUGAAUCAGCUUGUAGUUGGUUUAGCUGGUAUGUCAAGUUAAAACAGUAUGUGAUUGCAUUUCAGACAUUUCAAAACAAAUUCAAAUUUACUAAGGGCCUUUACUAAGAGUGGAAGAAAUUCUGGAUUCAUCUGUGUACAAUUUAUAUUUAUCUUGUUAAAAUUGAUUUAAGCAUUGUGUCCUUGUGGUUGAUGAUCAAGUGGAGUGUCAAUUCUGGUGCUGCUUUUUCCUUUCUUACUUAGGCCAGUUCCUGGGAUUCUUUUAGGACAAAUUUCUCUUCCUAGCCAAAGAUGUCAUUUCUGCCCUUGAAAGGGGUUUGAAUUCACCAUUUGAAGCCUUAUGAUCUUGGGCGAGUUGUUUAAUCUGCCUGUGCCUAUUUCCUCAUCUGUAAAAUGGGGCUCAUCAUAGGACCUACCUCCUAGGGUUGUUAGGAGGAUUAAAUGAGUCAAUAUUCGUAAAGCACUUAGAGCCUGGCACAUUUGUAAGCACUGCAUUAGUGUUUGUGAACUAUAUAGACGUGUUUGUGGAAUGAAUAAACUACAUAGAAUAAGUCUCAAGGAAAGGACCUUAAAGAGCAAGUCCAGCCAGCUAACCCAAGGCCAUGGCCUUAUGACUUUCUUUUUUGUGUGCUGUAAAUAAAUCUUACACACGUCGCCUUAAGCAGAUGCUUCCCUGUGGCCCUGUGCCUACUGGGGUCCAGUGCAGCCUUCUUAUCUUUAAUAGCAUCACCGUGCACAUCUCUCAACGUCCCCACAGCCCAGCCCUUCCUGUAAACCUCGAAUACGAGGAUUGUGUGAAUAUUGUUGCCAUUUCUGUCCUGUUUAGAUGUCCAUCCUAAGGCCCCAUGAUGUUGCAUCUGCUUAGAAUCUCCCUUUGAUUUAUUGGAAUGCUUCAUUGUCCCAAGAAUUAUCUUGGCUUUGAGGCUUUAUUCAUGAGAAAUGUUUUAUUUUUAUUAAUGUGAACAAGAGACUGCUUUAAAAAUGUUUUAAAAAAUCAUUGUUAUUGGUUCCCUAUUCAGCAGCAUCUAUCUUGUAGAUAAUUUCCCAGGUGUAGAAAUACAAUUUCUGCUUCAUAUAGUUGCCAUUCAAACAAUUAAUACUGGAGGAAUUUUCGAAGUGAUGAAACCAAAGAAAAGAAUGUGGAAAAGCGAAGGCGGACCAAGUAUUGGAUACUGAAUAAACUUCCUACUUCUUCUUUGUCAAUGAUAUCUUAUUUAGUGUAUAUUGUUACUAUUUUCAAUCCAUGGUUCUCAGACUAUGCUUAGGGUGCUGAGAGUCUUAAGAGGUGAUACUGUGGAAAGUGUGAGGCUAGGCUCCCUCUGGACCGCCCCCCAAACUAGAACAGCUGCACAUUCUGUUUUACAUAUUGGGACCCCAUGUUAACAUUUUGCAUAAGAAGAGCACCCAUGCUUUAAUAAAAAAAGAAAGAUGAGGGGCUUCCCUGGUGGCGCAGUGGUUGAGAGUCCGCCUGCCGAUGCAGGGGACACGGGUUCGUGCCCUGGUCCGGGAGGAUCCCACAUGCCGCGGAGCGGCUGGGCCCGUGAGCCAUGGCCGCUGAGCCUGUGCGUCCGGAGCCUGUGCUCCACAACGGGAGAGACCACAACAGUGAGAGGCCCGCAUACCGCAAAAAAAAAAAAAAAAAAGAAAGAAAGAAAGAUGAAAUAAUACCAACUUGAUGAACUGUAAAGAGAUUAAUAUUGAAAUGAAGUGUUAAGGAAAUUUGACUUUGUGAAACUUUAUUUUACUACAGUUGUAAAUGUUAAUCUUUGAAGACCAAUGUUGUAAUGCUGAUUUUUACAGUUUUUAUGUGAAUACCUAGGCAUAUUAAAAUUUCAGUCACCUGUUGUUUUGUGUGUAUCCUUUAUUGUUUACUUUUCUGGCGUUCCUGAGUUGACUGGGCAUAUUCUCCAUUAUCAGAAAAUAAACCGGAAAGUCAUUGAAAACUUGUAGAUCAUGAUGCUCAGGUGACUAUUUCCUCCUCCCCCAUUAUUUGCAAGAAUUCAAAGUUAAGGCCACUGUUGGUUUCCUCGGGCUGCCUGCCUUAACCAAGUACCACAAGCUUAAAACAACAGAAAUGUAUUGUCUCACAGUUCUGCAGGCUUGAAGUCUGAAAUCAAGGUGUCAGCAGGGCCAACCUCCCUUGAAGCCUGUAGGGGAAUCCUUCCCAGCUUCUGGUGGUUCGGGCUGGCAGUCUUCGACAUUCCUUAGCUUGUAUACAUAUCGCCCCAAUCCUCUGUCUUCAUGUGGCCUUCUCCCUGUGCCUCUGUCUUAACAAGGCUAUGUUCUUAUAAGGACACCAGUCAUAUUGGAUCAGGGACCCACCCUCUCUAGUAUGACCUCACCUUAACUAAUUACACCUGCAAAGACCCUAUGUCCAAAUAAUGUCACAUUCUGAGGUCCCAGAGGUUAGGACUUCAACCCAUCUUCUUUGGAGAGGACACAGUUCAACCCAUAACAGCCACCUUUAGCAAGUUGUGAGAUUCAGAAAAAGAUAGUUCCCUGUACAUUUUUUUUCUCACCUGACUUUUAACAUGUAUUCUAUUUUGAAACUUAAUAUGAGAAGAUAUCAGCAUAUCUAAAACUUGAAAAGAGAAAAGUAUAUAUCCUUCACUCAUUCAUUUGUCAGUUAUGUGCCAAAUGCUUUCAUUGGCCAGAUGUUCUAGCACUGAAGAUAUGGUAGUCAGUAAAACAGGUAGAGACCCUGAGGUUACUGUCUAACAGGAGGAUCUGAAUGAGAAGAUACAGGAUUGGUGAUGAAGUAUGCAUUUUUCUUAUGUGCUUUUCUAUAAAUGGUUUGUGUAGAGACCCUGAAACUGAGAUGCACCAAUGUUCAAAAGAUAGACAAUAUAGGAAAAAUCUAUAAUUUUUUCUGACUCAAUUUUUUUAAAAAAACAAAAAUUUUUUGAAGAAAAAUACUGAAUAGAUACAAAAGCAUAGAAAAUGGAAGUCCUGCCACCCUGGUGAUAUAUACUGUUCGGAGCAUAUACUUCCAGUCUUUUUAUUUUUUUAUUUUUAUUUUAUUUUAUUUUAUGUAUUUCUUUAUUUUUGACUGCGUUGGGUCUUCAUUGCAGCACACGGGCUUUCUCUAGUUGCGGCAAGCAGGAGCUACUCUUCGUUGCGGUGUGCGGGCUUCUCAUUGCGGUGGCUUCUCUUGUUGCGGAGCACGGGCUCUAGGCGCACGGGCUCAGUAGUUGUGGCUCACGGGCUUAGUUGCUCAGCUGCAUGUAGGAUCGUCCUGGAACAGGGCUCGAACCUGUGUCCCCUGCAUUGGCAGGCAGAUUCUUAACCACUGCGCCACCAGGGAAGUCCCUUCCAGUCUUUUUAUAAUACAUGUAAUCAGUUUUAAAUGGUCUACUUUAAUACCAUAAGUGUUUUCAAAGAAGAGUAUCUGGGAGGCUGCACCAGCAUGUGGUAGAGCAGCUCUCCUACAUUAGACAAGCCAGGCUUAGAAGGAAGGUAGGAGGAGCCCAGCAGAAGGGCAAGGUGGACUUCAAGCUCACCACAACAAAGACUCCUUUAUUUCCUGUGUGAUCUUGAACCUAAGUAUCGGCCUCCUUAUCUGUGACGGGAUAAUAUUACUACCUGAUGAAACUGUUAUCAAAAUUAAAUGGAAUAAUGUUUGUAAAGUAUCAGGAAGAUGCUUGCUCGAUUAGUGGUGGCUAGAUAUUCAAUUCAAACUGUACUUUUCACUAAGUUAGAUAAUGAAUUGGCUGUUUUAAAGGUAGAAUAUCAAAAUGACUUUGAUAAUAAUAAAGGGCUGUUUUUGAAAGUGUGUAGGUAAUGCAUUUAUUGCAGAAAAAUUUAGAAAAUGAACUCUUCCUAGCUCACACAAAUAAAAUUGCCCAUAAUUCUGCCCUUGGAGAUAGUCGCUGUUAACAUUUGAGAUCAUAUCCUUCCAUUCUCAUCUUACACAGGUAUGUAUUUGUAUAAGCAUAUUAUAU